AUGUUCUCCAAGCUCUCGCUCGCAAUUACCGGCGCCCUCGCCAUCCUUGCUGCCGCCACCCACGCCCCGAACGAGCCCGCCAGCCAGUGCCCGACCGGCGAGUUGCAGUGCUGCAACAGCGUCGGGAGCGCGACCGACCCUACCAUCGCGACCGUCCUCGGUUCGCUUGGUAUCCCCGUCCAGGGCGUCUCGGCCCUUGUGGGGUUGACGUGCUCUGCUGUCAGUGUCGUCGGUGUUGGCAGCGGCGGUAGCUGGCAGGUCUCCGCGACUCCGGUGUGCUGCACUGACAAUUCUUAUGCGGGUCUCGUAUCCCUCGGCUGCGUCCCCGUCAGCGCUUAA